AUGUCACUUUUACUGAGAUCUGACACAAUGUCAGAUCUCUUUUUUUCGUAUAUAAGAGUCUCACCAAGGUUAGGUGUUCCACCAGCUCCUGUCAAAAAUAGCAUUUGGUCAAGUCCUUAUAUAAGAUAUGGUCUCCCACUAGGUUUGCUAGCUACAGCAGGAGCAGUUAUGAUGUUGAAAAGAAAUAAAGCAAAUGUUAUAAAUAAUACUGAAGUAGCUGAAGUUAAACAAACUCCAACACCUUCGCCAAAACCAACGCCUUCACAAGCAAAACCUUCAAUGACUCCUGAACCUAUGGAAGUACAAACUCCUGUUCAAAAGUCAACUCCUAAACCGACUCCAACAUUUAAACCAGAACCUACUCCUCAAAUAAAUCGUAAAACUCCUGCGUUUCCUUACUGA